CGACAUGCUAUGCGGCACAUGUAAACUAUAUCUGGUGUUAAAGGUAAGGAUUUUCCUUUCUGCCCUGAAAACCAUGGUGAUCUGAGUAUGUGAUUUAUAACUCUGAUGUCUUAUUGUUUUUAUAUAUAGAAUUUCUAAAAAAAAAAUGCUCAGAUAUCAAUUUUAUUUUCAGUAUAAUUGUGGAACUAGUGGCAUAACAUGUAUUGUGAAAUACGUGGUUUUGGUGUAAACUAUUUAUUGUUUAGAAGGUAAGAAUGGAGACUCAAGUAUUACCGUGUUCUCGCAGUGCAACUAAGCUUAAAGGGACACUAUAGUCACCCAGACGAAUUUUGCCUCAAUCGCGCAGAGCGUCCAUAGGAAAGCAUUGAGAAAUGCUUUCCUACGGACAGCUUGAAUGCGCAUUCAGCUCCGGUGAUGUCGGAUGGGGAGGAGAGGUCACCAGUGCCGAGGGAGCCUGGUGCUGGAAUAAGGUAAGGGCCACGGAAGGGGGGCCAUGAGGGUGGGGGCACCCUCAGAGCACUAUAGUGUCAGGAAAACCGCUUUGUUUUCCUGACACUAUAGUGAUCCUUUAAUGCAAAGUUAUUUAACUGGCACGUUUCUAGUGUCCUUGGUUUAUUAUUUAAUCUGGCUUGUGAGUUAAAACCCAUGUUUGCAAAUCUAGUAGUUCUGAAAACCCAGACUAUAUAUUCAGCAACUUUGUCACCCACUUUCCACCCUCCCAAAAAAAGAGCAUUUCGUAAUGAUAAACUCUUCAUGAAAUACUAACGCAGUUAAAGGACCACUAUAGUGCCAGGAAAACAUACUCGUUUUCCUGGCACUAUAGUGCCCUGAGGGUGCCCCCACCCUCAGGGACCCCCUCCCGCCCGGCUCUGGAAGGGGAAAGGGGUUAAAAACUUACCUUUUUCCAGCGCUGGGCGGAGAGCUCUCCUCCUCCUCCUCCGAUCCUCCUCCUGGACUGAAUGCGCACGCGCGGCAAGAGCUGCGCGCGCAUUCAGCCCGUCGCAUAGGAAAGCAUUUACAAUGCUUUCCUAUGGACGCUGGCGUGCUCUCACUGUGAAAAUCACAGUGAGAAGCACGCAAGCGCCUCUAGUGGCUGUCAAUGAGACAGCCACUAGAGGAUUUGGAGGCUGGAUUAACCCAUUCAUAAACAUAGCAGUUUCUCUGAAACUGCUAUGUUUAUAAAAAAAAAUGGGUUAACCCUAGCUGGACCUGGCACCCAGACCACUUCAUUAAGCUGAAGUGGUCUGGGUGCCUAGAGUGGUCCUUUAAAGGAUAUCAUAAGAUGGACUACUUUGUCUUAUGCAUUUUUUCCUAAAUUUUACAAAAUGCGGUCACGAUUUGUCAAUUCACCAAGCCAUCACUAGCUUGAAUGGCUGUGAAGAAAAAGGCAUUGUCUAUGGAGGUUAGUCCAUGUACAUUACCAGUGUUGUAGUCUUGUGCAUGUGCGACAAUACAACACUGAUGUGGGCUAGUGGCAGGUAUAGAGCACCGGCUGGACAAGCAUGGCGCUGGCUGCAAGGCACAGCUUCAGGUAAGUAAAACUUACUGCAUCCCCGGGCUACUGAACACCAAGCGACGAUGUCCCCAUCAGAAAUCUUUUCAAAAUAUGCAAAAACCCUUUAACUUUAACAGUGUCCACAUUAUUUUUUAUAGAAGUGCAGACAUCAAGAGAGAUCAGUACUUUUUAAAAGUAUAUUACAGUAGUUGCUUUCUCUUGGCUGCCAACCAGACAUCCGACUGUGUGCUCUUUACUCGCUUUGUACCUUUAGCACAAUGCUAAAGUGAGGGCAUGUGCAAUUUACAUCCAAUUCAUCGGAUUGGCCAAGAGAUCAUCAGUUGUGAUCAUCCCUUUGAGGAAAAGGGGACUUAUGGUGACAGACACAAAUUAAAUCUUUAUUUUGUUUCUUGGCGGGAGGGGGGGGGGGCAGAAAACACUUUGGCAAUAAAUGUAUUUAUAAUUCUGGAGUGUUCCUUUUAUUGAAAGUCCAAGAUAUAAUGAAAAUUAUAUAAGACAAAAAAGGGAUGAUUUGUCUUUGCUAAAUGGAGGCCAGUGUUUGGCGAAAUGUACAAAAGUCAGCAUUUCAGAGAGCUUUUUCAAUUGUAUCUUAAAAUUUUCCAUCACUUGCUUAGUAUUAUCUACCAGGAGGUGAAGAUGGAGUAUUUCCAGAGAAUAGAGAGCAAUAUUGCAAAGUAGAUAGUUCUUGGCAUGCCUUGAGCCCACUUUCAUUAUAAUAUAAUAAAAAAAUAGAAAAGGAACAAAAUGUAAUUUCCCCCCUCCCUUCUUCUAAUCCUUUUCUCAGGGAGGGGGACACUGCAGGGCCUGCUGGUACGGUUGUAUUCAGUAACUCUGCCUGCAGGCAGAGUUCAGUCUUCUUGCGAGCUCCUUGGACCAUUGUCUUGGUGACCUGAGGCAAUGCUCUGAAUUGCCCAGCUCACGGGAGGAACUUUCAAUCUCCCGGCUCCUCUCUCUCUUCGCUUUCCAAUCCACAAGAACAAACUACCUUUGGAUUGGUGAGGGAGAUCUUUGUUCUCCUCCUCUUGCCAGUGAAGGCACACAGUGUUACAGCCCAUGGACUGGCCUCAUAAAGGGCUGUGUAUUGGACAGAAUACAAAUUUGUAUUCCUUACACUAUGGAAUCCCUUCUGCUGCCCCUCUUUGAGCCUGGAAUUUACCUUGCGAAUUAGAAGCAUUCCAGUGGGCAUCAAAAAGAGGACAUCGCCGUAUGUAACAAGUUCCGUAUAAGAAGCUUUAUUAAAGAUUAGAAAGUGUGCUUACAGAAUUGUUGCUUAAUAUUCAUUAAAUACUGAGGUCUGUGCUGAGAAGAGAUUUAAGACUUUCUUCCACUGCAGGCUCUUUCUCCUAUUUUUAGCUGGAUUCGGAAGUUCCGUUUGUUCUAUUACCUUGGUAAGCAAACACGUUUAAUCUCUUGUUGGAUACCUUCUCAAUGUUCGAAGUCUCCAACAAGAGACCAAAUGUGUUUGGUUACUGUGACAAACGAUCCUUGGUCUGGACGUUGUCCACAAAUUCAUGGAGGAGUGUAAAAGCUGGCCUCCUGCCCACUGACUAUGGGCCUUAUACAAAAACUCUGUUUGGAAGUUAAAUCUAACCAACUGCUCUGUAGCAGCUUGCCCUGGGUGCCUGAGACUAAGGGGAACAAACGCUACCUAAGAGCCAGCUGGAGCACCCUGUAAUGCGAGCCGUCUGUAGUGAUGCCUGGUGCCGGAAAAUGACGUCAUAUUCCGGUAUCACUAAACUGCGUGCAAGGGAGCAGUGAGGAGCAGGAAGAAAAUGUCCAGAUAGAUCCCCACUGGACUCCAGGAAAUGAUGUGUGUGUGUCGGUCUGUGUUGCAAUGGCCACAGCUGGACAGUGGCGUACCUGGAGGUGCACGGAGGCAAGCAACGCCACAUCACAUUCCGUUGUGACGUUGACGUGCUCCACCUUCGCAGGAUUGCAAGAAGUAGUGGGAUGAUCCGCUUUGGCACAGGGUGUGGACGGCACCAGAGUCAGGACUCCGGAGUCGCAUACUUGCAGCGGCAAGGCAAGUGGAGUCUGCUUGUUGGCUAGAGGGAGGUGCUGCUGGCAUUUAGUAGUGAGGACUAGGAUUUAGUAUACGAUGGUGGACUGAUAUUUCGGAUAUAGGGGGAUGCUGUUUUUUUAUAUAUAUUUUGGCUCGUGCUAGACUUUGAGUUUGACAUGAUUGCUCUGUCUUUGUGUAUUUUUAAUAUUUUAUGUUUUUAUGCACAGUCAUGCUGACUAAGAAAUCCAUGGGCAUGUUGUGUGAGUGUUAUGGGCGUGUUUGACUGUAACCAUGAUGUGUAUAAAAUCAGACCAUCUGGCCAGAAUAAAAUAUUCCUUUUGUACCCUUUAUCAAGUCUAGGCUGAUGUUUAGGUAGCCCAGAGCUUUAAUCACUGCUUCAAUUGGGGUUUGGGAGAACUACAGCGAUAUAAUCAGUAUAGGGAAUCCGAUACAGUUACCAAGGUAACAGGUAACACUGAUAAUUUGUACACAUUUAUGACUGUAGUGUCUCAUUCUGAUAUGCGAAGUCUUCCUGAAGUACAAUCUAAAAGUUUGCUUUCUCUCUUUUUUUUUUUUUUCUUGUUUAAAAUGCUCCAUCAGAAGUAUUAGCCACAUUUGACCGCAUCAAAAGAUGGCAUCCUAGGAAAAUGGGACAUCUGUUGCUAGACAGCUACUAGAAACGUGUUUUUGUAAAUGCAUUGAUGUACAUUGAUCGCAAAGAAAGGUAACAUCUAUGAACCAGACAUUAAGUUUUUGCUAAUAUUUUUUUUUAUGUUGUCUGUGUACAAUUGUAAUCAAAAUUAUUCAAACUCUAUUGAAAAUAAAGUUUAUUGUUAAAAUUUACAGACUUUCAGUUGUUUGCAAUUAACAAAUAAAAAAAAAAGCAAUUAAAAUAGCUCCACACAACAUAUGCUUGUGUUUCCUUUUGCUGCCCCAUCCAGGUAGUGUAACCAGUCUUCCUUCAACUUGAACUUGUGAAUUAUGCUUCCAACGGUGUCUAUAGGAACAUUCUGUGCCUUUGUGAUCUUUUUGUAUCCUGUUCCUUGUUUGUGAAGAGUGAUGAACUCUUCUCUUAACUUUGUGGAUCAUUCUUUUAACUCAGCCAUAUUUCUAACAGUCAAAUGUGACACUCAACAAAUCCCUAGCCAGUACAGGUAUUUCAAGUGUUCCAGCUCAGGCACACCUGGUGCAACUAAUGAAGCACUUGAUUAGUUGCAUCAGGUGUGCUUGAAACAACAUCUCUUUUGCAUAUUUGUGCUGUUGUGAGGGAUUCUAUUCAGGGGGUUAAAUAAUUUUGAGACUGGAGCAGUCAUUAUGAGUUGCAUUUUCAGUUGAGUUUGGGGAAACCACUUGAAACAUUCAUUGUUUUGAGCUAUUUAAUUUGCUUUUGCUUGAUUUGAUCAUUGAAAACAGCUGAAAGUCUGAAAAAUUGUGACAUAAACCUGUCUUUCAAUAGGGGUUGAAAAAUUUGGAUUAUAACUGUAUGCAUUAUCAAUGUAUAACAAUGAGCUGUACAAGGAUAUGACAAACCUAAAGUAUAUAGAUUUGAUAGGACUUCGUGCAUACAUAAUCACAAACAAAAAGCAUAUUUAUGUUAUAUUAUAGAGGCUUUCCCACAGUCUAUUCUAUAAUGUUGGUUUUAUUUGCAGGAUGUCUGAGAAAGCCACAUAUGGAUCUCUUCAGCAAUCUCUGAGACGGUGUUUCGAUGCUAUUGAACAGCAGCAGAAAGAAUGGAAAAUUGCCAUCCAGGAGUGUGAGCCAUUAGUUGCUGCUUUGAGUAAUCUGUCAGAGCAGCUGCAAGCAUGUGAAAAAGUCAAUUUGCAGAACAGCCCUUUAAAUGAAUUUCCUGAUCUUCAGGGACGUCUCCAAUACAAACUUAAGGCAGCAAUGGAGGUUACUCUAGAGAAGCUGAAUGAAAAAAUGUAAGAUUGGUACCUCCAUAAUGUUCAUUUUGGUGUAGAGUAGUAGUUACCUGUAAUAGUAUUUCUAGUGGUUAAAGUUAACUGAAUAAAGGAAUUUAGAAAUGCUUGGAAAAUACAUAAAUAAAUGGAUUAUCUUGUUAAUAAAUUACACCCUAUUUUUUUUUUAAAAUAGAUUAUGGCCUUGAUUUAAAGGGACAAUAUAGCUACUUGAACCACUGCAACUUAAUGUAGUGGUUUUGGUGUAUAUAGCAUGCCCCUGCAGGCUCAGCAAUGUAAAGGCAGUGUACAUUGAUGCUGCUUUUUAUUAGAGGGACUCUAUGAGUUAGGUAGGAGACGCUGAAUUCUCCCUAUAGAGAUGAUGCUGAUUGGCACAGGGUGGCUUGAAGAUCUCGAGACCAGUGCGGCGAUGGAGACAAGCUACGCUAAAUACAUUUUACUCUAUUCUGACACCUAAAUAGCCCAGCAAUAUAGUGUUAUCAAUACAUGGUUUUUCCUUUAAUAUUUUUGGAUAAGCUUUUUUUAGGAAUCCACAUUUGUUUACGUAACCCCAGAGUCUUCCUUUAACUUGCCUGUAAGUAGUCAAACUGUUUAACAGCCUACCUGUGCGCUGCAAGGCAGCGGUCACCAACUGGCAGUGCAGGGCUUAGCUCUUUGGCUGAGAGCAAUCUGCUGAUGUCCUCAGCCAAUAGGUUGGCCCCGCACAGCAGUGUUUAACUCUAGAGAGCUAACAGAAGGAGUUUCAGCUCUCAAUGGAGCUGGAGACCAGCGACUGGCAAACUCCAGGUAAGUUGUCAAACCAUUGGCAAACGGUUUAACUACUAACAUGGGAGAGGGGUGUGUGCAUGGACACUCCUGGUACCAUAACCACUGCAUCAUGUAGUGGUUAUGAUGCUUAGAGUAUUCCUUUAAUUAGAUGUCAUUAUUUAGGUAUGCAUUAAGGAGUGUUCCUUUUAACAGCAUUACCAAAUCUGUCUUUGUUAUCUUCCAGAAUACGUGGUACACAGGCAAAAUAAAUUAUAUAUUGGAAAAUAAGUAUGGGGUGAGGGUUAUUAUUAUUAAUAAUAAUAAAAACACACACAUACACUAAUUUGGUAAAUGUUGGAUCUGGGACAACUAACAAGUCUACAGCAAAUGUUCGGUCAUAACAAACAAACUGUAAAAAUUAGCGAGUUCCAUUUUAUAACUCUGUUCAAUGUGUUGGCACAUUUUAAUUGGCAGAGGAACUCUGGCACUGCUUUUUAUUCCUGUCCAGCAGUGAGGUCAUGAAUAAUGUUAUUUAUCUUUGUUACUGUUGCUUGGUUUAUUAUUUAUUUACAGGAAACAUGAAAUUAACAGUAAAGUAAGUUUUAUAUUUUGUGCAAAACUAGCUCUAUUGAAAAUUUUAUAUGGCUCCUUGAUUAUUGGAAAAUUUGUCAAUUAUAUAUAACCUAAGAUUUCAUAUUUUUUUUUAGGUCUAUUCUGCAAAAAGUAAGAGAUGCUGUAAGCCACCAUGUUGGGUCUGUGCUGUACAUUUAUGAAGUGAAUGCAGAUGAUAUCGGCAUUGAAACCUGUCUCAUGCGUUCUAAUCUCAGUCCUUCAAUAGCCGACAUGCUCGAGUGGUUACAGGACAUAGAGAAACAGUACAGAAACCAGUAUCCUUUAUAUUAUCUGUCAUCCUUUUUUAAAGUGAAUGUUUCGGUUACAAACUGCAGUUAUAAACCAACAGGAUUAUUUACUUAGUGAGAAUUCAAAGUGAAUUUCAAAUAUAAGGCUGUUGUAUUCAAACUGACAGCAUAGCUAACUUAGAUAAUUUUUUCAGAUCCACUAUUUUGACCUUAAAGGAACACUAUAGUCACCAAGGUUUUAACCCUUCAGAUGUAAACUGCUAUGUUUACAUUGCAGGGUUAAUCCAGCCUCUAGUGGCUGUCUUCCUAACAGCCGCUAGAGGCGCUUCUGCGACGCUGGAUGCAAAAAUCGCAUUCAGCGAGCAGAACGUCCAUAGGAAAGCACUUGGGAGCUGACGUCAGCGAGGGAGGAGAGGUCACCAGUGCCGAGGGAACCCGGCGCUGGAUAAAGGUAAGUGGCUGAAGAGGUUUUAACCCCUUCAGCCCAGCAGUAGGGGGACCUAAUAACCCUACAGUGCCAGGAAAACGAGUUUGUUUUCCUGUCACUAUAGUGAUCCUUUAAUUUGAAAUUCACUUUGAAUUUUCACUUUAAUGAAUAACAUUGCUAAAUAACCUUAAAAUUUAAAAGUGUGUGUGUUUUUUUAAUUUUUUUAUUUAUUUAUGCAUACACUAUUGAUGUUCCAGGAGGAUUUGCUGCAGCUUUCUAGGCUUUGCAUUCCUGCUGUGAGCACUGAUCAACCAGUAAGUCACUCACACAGUUUGUUUAGCAGUGUCAAGCGUAUUCCAUAAACAUUUGUGUCAGCAAACCUAAGUUUGACAUCAUGGUGAGUAGUAUUGUUUUUGUUUUUUUAAAUAGAGAUGAUUAAAAUCAUCUACAUACAUAACUAUAACCUAGCCUAACGUGCUUGGAGCACCCUUUUAAUAUGCAAUAGGUAGUAUUUGUGCUUGCUGAUCCAAUGCAUGGAAUAUGCAUUAGUACUCCCAUUUUAAACAAGUGAUGAAGUACAGGGUAGAAUGUUCCCUCAGGGAAGUUAUGACUUCAUGAGAUUGAGAUAAUCAAAUUAGUAACAGGGUAAAAAAAGAAAUGAAAACACAUGCUCUUUUUAUUGCUCCGGCAUCUGUGUUUGUCUACUAGAUUCUUAACACACAGUUAGAUACCUGGCAAGGAAGCUUCUCCUUGAAGUGAGCUAUGAUCGUCUGGCAGAAAUUAGAAAUUUGUCACAGUCCUGGAGCAGAUUAGAAGAUAAGUCAUUAUCCAGACAACAGCUCGUAGAAGGUACUAUUUUAUUUAAUUUGCAUAAAUGUAUAAAUUCAGGGAUACACAAAAUAAAGUGGGGGGGUGAGAUAUCAAUAUUUUGAAGAAAAAUGUUGAAAUUUUAAAAUAAAGGCUAGAGGUAGGGUAAAGGUAGAAAGCACCCCAUCACCUAUAAUAUAAGAACAGAUUUAGUCUCUUGGUACUGAGCAUUUAGUGAUUUUGUUUCGAUCUGAAGUUUGCCUGGAAUCUCAGCCAACAUGUCAAGAAUUUUUUUUUGUAUUUUCCAGUAUGUGGUGUUCAGACUGAGCAUGUAAUGAAGCACCAUCAUACAAACAGAUGUUUUGUGUAGGAACACAUAACAGAUUUGGUUAUUCUUAGAUAAAAAUAAUCCUUGUUUUAAAUUGUUUCUGUGCAGCUGCUAACUAAUCACUGGACAGUUUCUGCUUUCUCUUACUAGAGCUACACUACGGGUAAGAUUGUAGAAGUAGCACUCAAAGAAUAAAAGGUUGACAAGUGGUACAGCAGUCCGUAAACCCCAUCUCUGUUUCCGCUUGGUGAUGUAGUAUACUGUACAGAAAGGAAACCAAACACACACGUGAUAUAUACAGCUUGAUCUUUGUUUUUUGUUCGGCAGCCAAGUCAGUAGAAGCGUAUAUAUAGGAACAUGUUGCUAAAGUAUAUGCUGUUACAAGGAUCUACCUGUUUCUCUUUCCCAACAUCUUAUUCAUUAUAUUUGCAGUUAUCGCUCAAGGUUCCUGAAGCCCUUUGCCCACCUCCUCUUUUUUUGUGUCACAGGCAGAUGCCAAAUUGUUCUUCCUCUUGAUUAUACAACAUUUUGUGUGCACAUGAUACAAAUAUCUUUUCCUGAUCCUCCUCACCUGACUUUACUCCCAUUCGCAGGAAUGAGGUAGUGACAUAAGGCAAGAAGGCUGUACAUGCUGGCAUCUGUUUUACACAGAAUUGACAUUAGCUAGCACUUUUUCAUAGAAACAAAAAUAUGCUAAAUACUGCAUAUACAGACUCCAGGCACCAUGACCACUUCAGUGUUUGGAUUAACUGUUUAAGAUGUUAGGACAGCCAGAUGGCCUUUCAUUUUAUUUUAUAAGCUACUAUGAAAUGGGCAGGCAAUGUAUAACUAAGAAGUGUUUGUAUGCUUUGUUCUGUCUCAGCCUAGAAAUUGUUUGUUAGUUUGAUUGUUGAGUUAUUAGAUUCUAGUAAUUGAAUAAAUGUUACCCUUUUCUCUUUUCAGAUACCUUAUUAUAUGUAUCUUUCUUCCGGGAAGCUGAGUGAUGACACGUUGUAUUUCUGACUUUGAGCUCUCAUGCUGACAGGAGACCCAUGCUUAACCUUUCAUACUGAUUGAUCAGGAUGUAUUUUGAAAUACAUUUUUAGAAUCUCAAGAACAACUGUCUUACCAGUUACCGAGCAUGGCAAACCAUUUUGCACCAGAUCAAUAAUGUCAAGAGCACACAUUGUGGAUAUAAAAUGUUUGUUUAUAUGUAUGUGAGUGUGAGUAUAUAAACUAUAAAAUCAGAUUUUAUUUUAACUUUUAUGCCUUUUGAUAAUAAAUUGGUUACGUUUACAGUUGCAAGAAAAAGUAUGUGAACCCUUUGGAAUGAUAUGGAUUCCUGAACAAAUUGGUCAUAAAAUGUGAUCUGAUCAUCAUCUAAGUCACAACAAUAGACAAUCACAGUCUGUUUAAACUAAUAACACACAAACAAUGAAAUGUUGCCAUGUUUUUAUUGAAAACACCAUGCAAACAUUCACAGUGCAGGUAGAAAAAGUAUGGCUUUAAUAACUGGUUGAACUUCCUUUGGCAGCAAUAACUUCAACCAAAUGUUUCCUGUGGUUGCAGAUCAGACGUGCACAACGGCCAGGAGUAUAUCUUGACCAUUCCUCUUUACAGAACUGUUUCAGUUCAGCAAUAUUCUUGGGAUGUCUGGUGUGAAUCGCUUUCUUGAGGUCAGGCCACAGCAUCUCAAUCGGGUUGAGGUCAGGACUCUGACUGGGCCACUUCAGAAGGCGUAUUUUCGUCUGUUUAAGCCAUUCUGUUGAUUUACUUUUAUGCUUUGGGUCAUUGUCCUGUUGCAACACCCAUCUUCUGUUGAGCUUCAGCUGGUAGACAGAUGGCCUUAAGUUCUCCUGUCUUGAUAAACUUGGGAAUUUUUCCUUCGAUGAUAGCAAUCCGUCCAGGCCCUGACGCAGCAAAGCAGCCCCAAACCGUGAUGCCCCCACCACCAUACUUCACAGUUGGGAUAUGGUUUUGAUGUUGGUGUGCUGUGCCUUUUUUUCGCCACAUAUCGUGUUGUGUUUCUUCCGAACAACUCAACUUUGGUUUCAUCUGUCCACAGAAUAUUUUGCCAGUACUGCUGUGGAACAUCCAGGUGCUCUUGUGCAAACUGUAAACGUGCAGUAAUGUUUUGUUUGGACAGCAGUGGCUUCCUCUGUGGUAUCCUCCCAUGAAAUCCAUUCUUGUUUAGUGUUUUACGUAUUGUAGGUUCGCUAACAGGGAUGUUAGCAUUUGCCAGUGACUUUUGUAAGUCUUUAGCUGACACUCUAGGAUUCUUCUUCACCUCAUUGAGCAGUCUGCGCUGAGCUCUUGCUGUCAUCUUUACAGGACGGCCACUCCUAGGGAGAGUAGCAGCAGUGCUGAACUUUCUCCAUUUAUAGACAAUUUCUUACUGUGGACUGAUGAAUAGCAAGGCUUUUGGAGAUACUUCUAUAACCCUUUCCAGCUUUAUGCAAGUCAACAAUUCUUGAUCGUAGGUCUUCAGAGAGCUCUUUUGUGCGAGGCAUCAUUCACAUCAGGCUAUGCUUCUUGUGAAAAGCAAGCCCAGAACUGGUGUGUGUUUUUUUUUUUUUUUUUUUGUUUUGAAUAUUUUUAUUGUGUGCAUAAUAUAAAGUCAUACAUCAAAUUGAUUUGUAAUAAAGCAAGUGAUUGCCCACGCAGGGGCUUAGGCAUUGGUUUAACACUGCAUAUACAUUUGGUUGCCUGCGUAGAGGCGGAUUUGUCCUAGCUUGUGUUUUUUGUUCACAGUGGGUUGCUUUGUGUUGUACUGUGUUACCUUUUUAGUUCGGUUAUAGCAUUAAUUGAGUGUUUUAAGUUAACUGGUGUGUGCCAGAGCUACGUGUUUGCUAGUUGGUAAAUGCAAAUUCUCGCCUGUGCAGAGGCAAGUAAAUCAGCUUGCUAAUUGGAGUCAGACUUUAAGCGAUAAUCUAAGAUAUAAAAACUUUUUCAACUAUCUGGUUAGGGCUCUAGACGUACGCUACCGCUGUGUUUAAAACUUGGCUUUUAACUAUUAAACAUUAGUAUGCACGUGGCUGAGAGCCUUAUUUGUGGUUAAUAUUUUAUGGCAUAUGUUUCUUGUCAUUAAUUAAGCGUUGAUAGUUAGCGCGGUGUGAAGUAGCUAUCAGCAUUGCGACUUUGCCCUAUCAACUGCACAUCAGGCAUGCUGCGAAAUAUAUGUACCAAUGUUAAAGAUUGUAUCCUAUGUACAGCUGCUUAUGCCCUUGUAAAUAUUAGCGUGGUUAGCUCUAGUAACAUGAAUUUACACUUUUACCAGUCAGAGCGUUUGUGACUAUGUUAAGGCACAGUAAUAUAUAGUGCGGUAAUCGAGCGAUUAGGUAGGUAGUAUUAAAUAACCCUGACAGUAUAUACGCUGCUACAUUGAUUUCACAGAGUAGUUUUUCAGGCCUAGUAACAUACAAUGCAGUAAUUAGGCAGGUAAAUAGGCAGUAUUGAAACAUGUAAAAUGUAGAAUAUUGCAUAUUCUAUGUUUCUAUUGAUUAUAUAUAUAUGGAUGUGUGGAUUGACAUAAGUAACAGAUGGUAUCAAUAAGUCACAAGGCUUUCUUUGUCCGAGAGCUCUGGAAUGUGGGUGUGGGGGUCUUGUCCUUAUAUGGCUAGAGUUAUAUGCUGACGUUAGUAUUAGCACAUCUAUAUAGUAACAGGGGGACACGAGGUCGCUCUCAGUCUCGGUCUUGGCUUGGCUCUGUACAACGAUGUAACUCUCCCAAAAGAAGUCCAGCAAUUACCAUCUGCUGUUGAAUGUACACUAUCCUGUAACAUUUAUUAUGUUUUAUUAUGUAUCCGUAACAAAGAAUAAACCUGAAGAAACCGUAAGUCAGAUUGCGUAUUACUACUUUUCAAUAAUAUAGACAUAUAUUAUUGUGGCGAGCAUUUG